AUGACCAGCGCCGCUGUGCUCAGAAUGAACUCAGACAACCCUUCCGUGCCCAUGUCGCUCUCUGGCAGCCGCAAGAGCAUCCUGGCUGGCAUGGACUUGUCCACCGCCAAAUACACCGUCGAUGCUUCUUCCCCUUUGCUCGACGACGAUGCAUCCGACAACAACUCGCAUCCCAUCCCCGUCUCCAAUACGGAUGCGCUACUUCGUCGGCGUCAGGCUUCCAUCAGCGAUGCCGCCAGUCUCAAGCAGAGCAUCAAAAGUCGUGCUUCCAGAAGCGCUUCCAUCGCUUCCCGCGUUCAGCCAUCGCCCGCUCGUUCCAUUGCCAACGCCACCUACUCGAUUUCUCCUCCUGCUCACGAGGCUAACGCAGGCUACCUCGCUCCUGCCAUCCCUGGUGCUGGCGUUGGCGUCGGCGUCCAACCCAGGGGUUUCUCAGCCGCCAGCCUCGGUCUGAAAAAGAGCAAUUCGAACCUCUCCCAAAGUGAUGCACGUUCCAUCGACUCGCGCAAAGGCUCCUCGGCCAACAGCUUUGUCAACCUCAUCCGCAAUCGAAGCCGCAACUCUUCACAGACCAACCUCACCGUCCCCGAUCCGGCCGACUCCUCCUUCAAUGGCAGCACCGGCGGUCGUCUGCGCAGGUUCAGCUCCGCUUCGCGCAAGAUGAGCCUCAAGAUGCCCGGUCUCGGCUCACGUUCCAGCUCCACUUCAAUCCGCAGUGGCAUGUUUGACGAGCCCGGCCAAAUCAGCCCCGUCCCCGCUUCUUACCCUACCGCUUCCACCCCUCCGAUCGACGGCUACAAGUCCAUCGGUGCCGCAACCAAUGGUUCCUCGCUCGGCUCGGCGCGUACCCGAAAGUUCAGCAGGUCCGCAAGCCAGAGCGCUGCCGUCCGAUCCGCCGUUGACGACCAAACCAACCGCCAUGCUGACCCAAGCAGUCCCACUACCUCGCUCCCCGACCCCUACGCCAAGGCCGAUGGUCUUCUGGCUCGCGCCCGGUCCAGAAGCUCCGCCAGUGCUAGUCAGACCCGUGCACGCGGCGCCUCCGAGCCUCCUCUUAUCAACGCCACAGCCCAAGAUUCCACCACCAAAAAGUCAGGCUUCCUCUCGUCCACCACCGCCAAGAUGACAGGUGCAGCUGGUGCGGGCGGUGCUGCAAUCAUCGGCCUUGCCCGUCGAAGGUCGUCUCGCAGCCUUCGCGGUCAGGACGAGGAAGCGACGAGCGCCAUGCCCAACGGUAUGGCUGCUGCUCAGCGCAGCGAUAGUGAGGAAAGCGAGUCAGAACAAGACGCGGAUCAAGAAGAAGAAGAAGCAGAAGAAGAGGAGGAAAAAGAAGUUCCUCGGCGUAACGCUAGGCUGGUCAAGGGUCGCGGCGGCGCUCCGGCCGCGGCUGUCACAUCGAGUGACGACGACGACGAGGAAGAGGAAGAGGAAGAGGAGCAAGACGAGUCGGAAGAGGACUCGGAACAAGACAGCUCGGAUGACGACGAAGACUUCCAUGAUGCUCCUCUCGCCGACAUCUCCGAAGCCGAGGAGGAGGACGAUGAUCACCAUCACCAUCGAGCUGCUGCAACCGGUGCUGCUGGCGGCUCGGCUGCACUUGUCAGUGCUGGCGCCACCGCACGUGACCGUCGUAACAAGUCGGGCACCUCCGAUCGCAAAGUCGCCAACGGUGACUCUGCCGCCUACAAGCCCAAGGGCACUGCUGGUGCCAACCGCCGUGCCGGUCCAGCAGCCAACUCGGCCGUCGCAGGCAACGUCACCGACUCACGCGCUCGCUCCGAUACCUCGCAAGCGGUCAAGGACAAGGCUGCGCGCGUCGCCCAGCUCACCGCCCAAGACGUGGCCAUCAGCACCGACCAGCUGCGUCAGGACAUUGAGGUAGCACGCAAUGCGCUAAAUCUCUUCCUCAACUCGCGCAUGAUCGAAGCCGAGAGAAUCAUCGAAGAGUACGCCGACAGGCGUCUCUACUACGCGCUCGGGUAUGCGCUCAUUGCGACCAUCAAGGGUUUCAUGACAUUUGAGCCCGCCGAUCUGGCUGUGGCCAUUUCGCUGUGCAAGGACACCUUGACGAUCGCCAACUUGCUCAGGAAGCCUUGCAGCGCCGUCUCGAGCUUUGGUCGCUUCGUCCGAGGUACAGGCCAGAGCCCUAGCGCUUUGUCGCAGAUGGACGAGGUACAGAGGCACGCCGAGUUGGUGUAUGCCGAAGCGGUGCUCUUGAAGGCAGUGCUAGGUAUUGCGUAUGCCGGUGAUUUCUUUGCAUUUAUUUCCGAGGCGCUCAACCUGAGGAAUGCUUACGGCAUCUACAGGUCGCUUCAGAAGUACGUCGACUGGUCCGCCGAAAAGGGCGAAUACCUCGAUGAGGACUUCAAGAGCGGCGUCUACCUUGGCAACGGGCUGAUCAGCAUGAUCCUCGGCUUGGUGCCUGGCAAGGUGCUCAAGAUCAUGGAGGUCUUUGGCUACACGGGCGACACGGCUUGGGCAUUGAAGACGCUCAGCAAGGCGGGCCAGUGGAGCGCUGAUGCUCGCCAGACCAAACCGGGCAUGUCGAUAAAGGAAGAAGGUGUGCGUCGACAAAUUUGCGACAUGUCGUUGCUCGCCUACCACCUGGUGAUCUCCACCUUCAUCCCGGUGACCGGCGUCGACAUUGGAUUUGCCGACAAAGUGCUCCACUACAACCUGCGACGCUAUCCGGAAGGUGUGUUUUUCCUGUACUUCUCCGGACGACUCUACUCGACACAGGCGCUGGCCGAAAAGGCAAUCACGCAGUUCGAAACGGCGCGCGACAUCCAGAAGGAAUACGUGCAGCUCAAGCAUAUCUGCAUCUGGGAUCUCUCGCUGUGCAGCAUGUCGCUCUCGAAAUGGAAGGACGCCUACGACCAAUUCACCAUUCUCGCCAACGAGAACAAUUGGUCGAAAGCCGUCUACAACUACGGGCGCGCUUCGAACCUGUACGAAUCGGCUGUUGCCAGUGGCGAUCGAUGCGGUGUGGAUCAAGCCGCCGAGAUCUUUGGCAAGGUGCCCACGCUGACGCAGAAGAUCGCCGGAAAGUCGAUCCCGAUGGAAAAGUUUGUGGCACGCAAGUCAAAGAAGUUCGCCACGUACGGACGCUUGCUUUUGCCCGGUCUCGAAUUUGCAUAUGUCUACCACUGCCUCUCGAACGCUCCGCGCUACAUCUUGUGCGAUGAAGCGUUGGUGAUGGUCAGCGAAGCACUCGCCGACUUGCACCAUGUCGAAGAUCCAUCGCAGUACUACUCGGGCGACGAGUACUACGACGACCUGUGUCUGGCGCACUUCCUACGCGGUGUGUGUCUCAAGUUUAUCGCCUGCCCCGAAAAGCACUCCAAGGUACGGCCGAAGGAAUCGCCAAUCCCCGAAAACGAGGCUGCGCAACAGGCCGAAAUCAGCUUCAAGACAGUGUUGGAGCAUGGCCAUCUGUUGAAGCUCGACCACUGGUUGGUGUACUUUGCGCACUACGAGCUGGGUCGACUGUACGCUGGAACGCGGAGGAUUGACGAGGCCAAGGAGCAACUCAACCUGGUGUUGAGCCAGAAGAAUCUCGAGGAUCGCGGCAGGAACGGCAAGUAUAGUCUGCAGAACAUGGUGCAUUUGAGAGCCAAUGGUGCGCUCAACGCUAUCGAUGGCAGUGGCAAGUAA